CUGACUUCGGGGACUUCGGGGACUUCAUAACUGCAUGAGAAAAUGCCAACAUGAGUGAAUUUAACUACACGAGGACGGUAGAGUAGCGAGAAGCUGAUCGGCCAUUCAUUCUUGUUAUUUUAAGCGUUAAGGCGUCAAAGGCAUUAUGUCUACAAAUACCUGGUUCACCCGCACCGUAUUUUUGAUGUUAUGUGUCAGCGCCGGCAUCCUGCUACGAUUGUCUUGGGGAGGAUCGAACAAUCGGCCCAGUACGCGUGGAUUGUUGAUAGCAGAUACGAAAGAACCAGCUUCAACCAAUGCCACAGGAGACACAUACCCAAGGCAGGACGAGUCCCAAACUGACAUCGUCAUAGUGCUCGCCUAUUACAGGAGUGGAUCAACGUUCUUAGCGGAGAUAUUUAACCAGAAUGCAGAAGCUGUGUACUUCUUUGAGCCUCUGCGAUGGUUUAGAGAAUCAUUCUUCAAUGAGACGUUUUAUAUCUACCCUGGCAAUACACGAAGGUAA